UAAAAAGACAAAAAGCUUGUAGAAAGAAAAACCCCAAAUAAUGGAGGAGAAGUGUGGAGAGCUGAGCCAUUGGAUAGUGCAUAUACACAAACACAGAUGAAAGAGAGAGAAAGAGAGGCAAGUGUGGAGAAUCCCAAUGCUCAGACCCUCCCAGACAGCCCACCGCUCUCUGUAAACUCAUCUUCCUUGUGACCCGAUUAAACUAAUCUCAAAUUUUCACCUUCCUCCUCUGUAUCGUCUCUCUCUUCUCGUUCCUCCAUUUAUUUCUUUCUUUCUCUUAUCUCUUUCUUGUUUCGAGCAAUAAAAGCACCAAAAGCUAUAUGAUCUGAAUCGAAAUCCAUUAUGAUUGGGUGAAGGGGAAAGCAGAGAAGAUUUCCAGAUCAGAGCCCGAGAGUGGGAACUCGGAAGCCCUCUGAUGGGACGGGAUCCCAACGAAAUGUCAGAAGACGACGAGCGAUCCCCGCCUUUGGAUCUCCGCUUUGCGGCGAUAUCCGAAUCAGCGAUUGCGUCGUCUUCGAACAAAACCCGGAACUGCAACUCGUCCGGGUCGGACUCCCAGGCUCCCUUCCCGGACCAGGUGCUCGAGAACGUUUUGGAGAACGUACUUCACUUCCUGACUUCGCGCAGGGACCGCAACGUCGCCUCAUUAGUCUGCAAGUCGUGGUCACGUGUGGAGGCUAUGACCCGAUCUGAGCUCUUCAUCGGUAACUGCUACGCAGUCUCACCAGGUCGGGCUACGGAGCGUUUCAGGAGGGUCCGGUCUCUCGUACUUAAAGGCAAGCCCAGGUUCGCCGAUUUCAAUCUGAUGCCGCCCAAUUGGGGGGCAUACUUUUCGCCUUGGGUGUCUGCGAUGGCGAAGGCUUAUCCUUGGCUUGAAAAGGUCUGCUUGAAGCGAAUGUCUGUGACCGAUGAUGAUCUAGCGCUCCUCGCAGAGUCGUUCUCAGGCUUUAAGGAGCUUUCGCUGAUUUGCUGCGAAGGGUUUGGAACCAGUGGGCUUGCUAUUGUUGCCAGCAAGUGCAGAAAACUUCGAGUGCUUGAUCUAAUUGAAUCUGAAGUUUCAGACGAUGAGGUAGAAUGGAUAUCUUUUUUCCCAGAGGGUGAAACAUGUCUCGAGUCAUUGAUUUUUGAUUGCGUUGAGUGCCCGUUGAACUUUGAAGUAUUAGAGAGGCUGGUGAUCAGGUCUCCUUUUCUGAAGAAACUGCGGUUGAAUCGCUUUCUCUCCAUUGGGCAACUAUAUCGGUUGAUAACUCGAGCCCCGCAGCUUACGCAUCUAGGGACUGGCUCAUUUAGCGCAUUAGAGUUUGUUGCUCAGGGUGAACAUGAACCAGAUUAUGCGUCUGCCUUUGCUGCUUGCAAAUCCUUAACUUGUCUCUCUGGAUUCAGGGAAAUUGUUCCAGAUUACUUACCAGCUAUCUAUCCAGUUUGUGCUAAUCUCACCUCUCUGAAUUUCAGCUAUGCUAAUAUUACUGCUGAACAGCUUAAACCUGUGAUAAGUAACUGCCACAAACUCCAGAUUUUCUGGGUUCUUGAUUCAAUAUGUGAUGAAGGUCUUCAGGCUGUAGCGGCAACAUGCAAGGAACUCCGUGAGCUUAGGGUUUUCCCUAUUGAUGCUCGGGAGGACAGCGAGGGCCCUGUUUCUGAAGUGGGCCUCCAAGCAAUUUCUGAGGGUUGUAGGAAACUGCAAUCUAUCUUGUACUUCUGCCAGAGAAUGACCAAUGCUGCAGUGAUAGCCAUGUCAAAGAACUGUCCAGAUCUUGUGGUGUUUAGGCUCUGCAUAAUGGGUCGCCACAGGCCUGAUCACAUAACUGGAGAACCCAUGGAUGAGGGAUUUGGAGCCAUUGUUAUGAAUUGCAAGAAACUCACUCGACUUGCUGUGUCCGGUUUACUAACUGAUCGAGCUUUCAGUUAUAUUGGGAAAUAUGGGAAACUGGUGCGGACUCUGUCGGUAGCUUUUGCUGGAGACAGUGAUAUGGGAUUGAAGUAUGUGCUUGAGGGUUGCCCCAGGCUGCAGAAGCUUGAGAUUAGAGACAGUCCAUUUGGGGAUGCUGCUCUGCGCUCUGGGUUGCAUCAUUAUUACAACAUGAGGUUCCUAUGGAUGUCCUCUUGUAGAUUAUCACGCCAAGGAUGCCAGGAGAUUGCUCAAGCAAUGCCUCACCUGGUGGUAGAAGUGAUUAGAUCUGAGGAUGAGGAGGAAAUAGAUGACUAUGUUGAGACACUGUACAUGUAUAGGUCUCUUGAAGGACCGAGAAAAGAUGCACCAAAAUUUGUCUCAAUCUUAUAGACCCUUGUGUGGUGCUGGAAGUUGUAUUGGCUAUUCCUACUGUGGCUACCUUGCAAAGCUACAAAGUAUUUAUUUUUGGGGAAGUUUUAGUAUUGCGGGGACAUUUUAUAUAUCCCGCAGGAGAGUCCCAGCAUCUUGUCAACCAUAGUUGUUUGGGUAAACAACUUAUGUUCCUAGCUGGGCUGUUGCAAUGGUAUUCAAAGUGAAAGCUCUAUAGAGGACCAUCCGUUGCUUUGGUUCUUUGAGAGGAAGGAUCUAAAUCAAAAGAUGGACAUCUCUGUAAGUUAUUUGAACCAUUGCAUUGUUGUAUCGGUAUGCAUCUAAGGUUUUUAUGUUUCUUUUCUUUUUCGGGAUUUCCUAUUCAUUUAUCAUAAACAAAGGCUGCGAAAGGAGAAAGGGAGGGAUUAUUGAUCUGCUGCAUCUGCAUCAGAAAUGCAUGUGUUUUCACUGGACCCAACCAACAAAUUACUCGUCCAUUACUGAAGUAAACAAAGAUGGCCUUGAAGAAUUUGCUGAUUUAGAUGGUGAAGUAGCGGAACUUUUCUUCCAUGUCACUCCCAGUAGAGAAUUGAAUUGAAACGAAAAGCAAGUAUUCAGUCGUAAACAAAGUUAGCACGUUAUUUUAAUUCAAGUUGUAGUUAGUUUAAGACCAUAGCCGGUGAGAACUAAAUCCCCAGACUGAUACAUCUCUCUCUCUCUCUCUCCCCCCCUUCCUUUCUCAACGUUUUAUUUUUCAGAUGUGUUGUUGUAGCACCUGACUGUUGAAUUUAUUGUUGUUUUUGUUGGCAAUGUGAGAUGAGUAAUAAAUGCCAAAUAUGCAUAUGCAUGGACCA